AUGCUAAUGCACACGCCGGCAAAAAGUGAUAAAAUGGCCGAAUUGAAGACGCUCGUCCACCUGCGUGGCCAGGCGAAGGCCAAAGUGACCAGGAUCCGGAAAUCGAUUGAAGACGUGUCGGCAGCCGGCGUUGUCCAGUUUACCCUGGCCCAGCUAAAGGUAUAUUCUCGGAAUCUGGAAGCCCAUUUCCAAGAAUACCUAAGCUUCCACCACCAAAUCACCGCGUUGUUGCCAGCGGAAAAAUUGGAUGACAACGACGCCACCUACCUCCAAUUCGAGAACCACCACACCGAAACCGCAAUGAUGGUGGAAACCCUCAUCCAGUCCGCAACCCCGCAGUCGCCUCCCACGAAUGUGUCCGCACCCGCGAACAGUGCCCAGCUACCACCACAGAUAGUCGUCCAGCAGCAACCACUGCCGGUUCCAAUCCCUUCGUUUGACGGGAAGCCGGAGAACUGGCCGAGAUUCCAGCAGGUCUUUUCGGACAUUAUGUCACGGUCCAGAGACUCCAACGCCGUCAAGUUACACCACCUUGAGAGGGCACUGUCCGGUGGGUCCGCCGCCAAGCUAAUCGAUCCGAAGACGCUCAGUGAUGGCAAUUUCAAGCACGCCUGGGAGUUGCUGCUUGAUGUUUACGAGGAUGAACGGAAAGCAGUGGACUCGCACAUCCAUGGCCUACUGAGUCUGAAACGGAUGACCAAGGAAUGCUCCAAGCAGAUGAGAGAGUUGCUGAAUGAAGUUACCCGCCACGUCGAGGGGCUGCGACUGCUGAACCAGGAUUUAGAAGGAGUUUCCGAAAGGUUCGUAGUCGUCGUGCUGUCGGAUGCUUUCGAUCCCGAAACGAGGAAGCAGUGGGAGACCACCAUUCCCCACAAGCAGAUCCCAUCGUAUGAAGACACCGUCUUGUUCCUGAAGGAGCGAUGCUCAUUGUUGGAGCGUUGCGAAGCCAGUCACCCGAAGCCGUCGUCAGUCAAGGAAUCCAGUCAGAAGUCCAACCCGAAGCUAUCGUCGAAGUCCCCGCCGGUGAAGUCGUUCGCUAUGGCUACACCCGUAGCUAAUAGUGAGGCGACCUGUGAGAUUUGUAGUGCGAGCCAUCCAAACUACAAAUGUGAAAGGUUUGUUGCACUGACGGUACCCCAACGUAGAACUAAGGUAAGAGAGCUUUUCCUUUGUUUCAACUGUUUGAGGAAGGGACACAUUUCCUCAAAAUGCCCAUCCAACAAAUCAUGCCAGGAGUGUCAAGGUAGGCAUAACACCUUGCUACACGAGCCCAAAGUUCCAAAGCCCGAAUCCAAGCCCAUUGUUGAUAAUCCAAUGCCCAAUCCCGAGCCCGCUAAGGUUGUUGUUAGUUCCCAAGUUCCGAAUCCUGUUGAAAGUGUUGCAUCUGUCUCCAAUCCCGUCCAAAAGGUACCUCGUUCGGAUGACACGCUACUGCUUACGGCCAUGGUUGAUGUCCUUGACAGCCAUGGAAAUUCCUUCCCUUGCCGUGCAUUCCUCGAUUGUGGUUCCCAACCACAUUUGGUUUCCAGUUCGUUUGUUGAACGAUUGGGAAUCGACCAGGUACCUACCCAUGUAGAAGUUGUUGGAGCUACCGGUAAGCGAUCGGUGCUCGACAGAAAGGCAACACUUUCGUUCCGGUCCCGUUGUAAGGAUUAUCAAGCCCGAAUUGAAUGUUUGGUCACCGAUGUGGUGACUGGUCCCCUCCCCGGUCGUAAGAUGAAUUGUCGGUCUUGGAACAUUCCCUCAGGUCUUUCACUUGCUGAUCCCACUUUCCAUACUCCAGGAGAAGUGCAGUUACUGAUUGGAGUUAAACUGUUCUUCGAUUUGAUGCUUCCCGGCCAUUUGGUGCUAGGCCAAAACCUGCCUAUACUCAAGGAGACUCGUCUAGGAUGGGUCGUUGCUGGUGGUGCUGAGGACAUGGAUGAAAAUCAGCACUGCUACACGGCCAGCUUGCGGCCGCUCACAGAAUACAUCGAGAAGUUUUGGUCUGUUGAGUCGGUCGAGAAUAGUAGCGUAGUUUCCAAGGAGGAGCAAGAUUGUGAACAACUUUUCAGCUCGUCCACCAUUCGAAAUCCAGAUGGUACCUACACCGUCUAUCUUCCAUUGAAGGAAUCCGUGAGUGAACUAGGCAGUAACCGGUAUCUAGCUUUGAAACGUUUCCAUAUCCUGGAGCACCGCUUCAGCAAGAAUCCCGAAUUGAAAAAGGCUUAUGUCGAUUUCAUUAAUGAAUACAAGUCGUUGUCCCAUUGUAAGCAGAUCUCCGAGUCAGAUGAUAACCCAGGGAAACUGGUUCAUUAUCUACCGCACCAUGCCGUCCUCAAGCCAAGCAGUUCCACUACUCGCUUGAGAGUUGUUUUCGACGCCUCGGCUCGAACAACUGGCCCAUCUCUGAAUGAUGUUUUGAUGAUUGGCCCCACUGUCCAGGAUGAACUUUUUUGCAUUAUCCUACGAUUCCGUAAGCAUCGGUUCGCGAUAACCGCUGAUAUCUCCAAAAUGUACCGAAGGAUUCGUGUGGUCGAAAACCAUUCUGGGCUCCAGCGAAUAUUUUGGAGGGAAAAUCCUGAUGAUCCGCUUCAAAUCCUGGAGUUGACAACCGUUACCUAUGGGACGUCUAGUGCGCCUUUUCUGGCCACUCGAUCAUUGCUGCAACUUGCACGUGACGAGUGCAAACGUUUCCCAAUUGCAUCCAAGGUAGUAGAAGAGGAUGUCUACAUAGAUGACGUGGUGUCAGGGGCUGAUACCAUUGAGCAGGCCGUUCAGCUUCGCUCGGAUUUGACCGACAUGUUGAAUUCCGGAGGUUUCCCUGUGCAUAAAUGGUGUGCAAGCGACGCAGCCAUCCUAGAUACCGUUCCCGAGGAAGACCGCGAAAAGUAUUUGGUGUUUAAAGAUUCCGACGUGAACAAGGUUAUUAAAACCCUUGGCCUGUUGUGGGAUCCUGAGGAAGACGAAUUUCGUUUCCAUUGUAAGUUGCCGUUCCAACCGUUGUCUGUUCCAACGAAACGUAUCGUCCUCUCCGAAAUUGCUCGUUUGUUCGAUCCUUUGGGGCUUGUGGCUCCAGUUAUAGUCCUCGCCAAGAUAAUUAUGCAACAGUUGUGGAAAGACAAGGUAGGUUGGGAUGACCCGUUGACAGGCGAGAAUCUACAGUCUUGGCUUACGUUUAGAGAAUCCCUGAAAUAUGUUGACUCCGUCAAAAUUCCACGCUUCGUCGGCUUGGUAAGCGUCGAGAGUGUUGAAGUACAUGGAUUCGCUGACGCUUCCCUUCGUGCGUACGGAGCAGUCAUUUACUUACGAGUUGUAUCUGGUUCCGAUGUAAAGGUUUCAUUGCUCUGUAGUAAAUCCAGAAUUGCUCCAUUGUCACCUUUGACGAUUCCCAGAUUAGAGCUAUGCGCUGCCCUAUUGCUGUCCAGACUUGUUCCCAAAUGCGUUGGGUCGUUGAAAAUGGAAAUUCAACGCAUCUGCCUGUGGUCUGACAGCAACAUCGUACUCGCCUGGUUGAAAAGGUUGCCCAACGAUGUUUUUGUCCGCAACCGGGUGAUGGAGAUCAAUUCAGCCACCCAAGGUUUUAUUUGGUCUUACGUUCGUUCUGAAGAUAACCCAGCCGAUGUCGUGUCCAGGGGGCAGUUGCCGCAAACUCUUGCCAGUAACAGUUUGUGGUGGAAUGGACCGACGUUUUUGAAGCUGCCCCAGUAUGAAGUUCUGAUUCCAGAUCCACUUCCGGAAUCCGAAAUGCCUGAUGAUACACCGAUUGUGCCAAUCGUCUCGGUGACGGUUGUUUCUCCUGACGUACCUUUCUUAGAAGCCUUCGGAUCAUUCCGAAAAUUGCAGAGGGUGAUUGCGUACGUCUUACGGUUUGCAAACAACUGUAGAGUGAGGCACGCCGAUCGUGUGUUAUCCAAACAUUUGACAGUUCCUGAAUUGCGUAAAUCCAUGAUGACUAUUAUCGGAGUCGUUCAACGUCUUGAAUUAUCGGAUGAAAUCAACCUGAUUUCGUCAGGGAAACAUAGUCGUCGUUUAGGUCCACUUGAUCCCAUAUUGGUGGACGGUUUGUUAAGAGUAGGUGGUCGUUUGGAGAAUUCUCACCUACCGUAUGAAGCUCGCCACCAGGUUCUUCUUCCGAAUAAGAGCCCAGUUUGUGAGCUUCUGAUUCGGGACAUGCAUCUCGAAAACCUUCAUCUUGGUCCUUCAGGGUUGAUGUCUCUUAUGCGUCAACGAUUCUGGUUGAUUAACGCUAAAUCAACCAUUCGGAAGGUUUUGCGGAGAUGUGUGACUUGUUUCCGAUCUCGUCCUCGCUGCCUACAGCCUAUGAUGGGUCGCCUUCCGGAGGCACGUGUCGUUCCCUCCGCUCCGUUUUCUCGAACCGGCGUUGACUUUGCCGGACCGGUAUUCGUGAAGGUUGGUCUCCGGAAGUUCGUUCGCGUGAAGGCCUACAUCUGUAUUUUUGUGUGUCUCGCUACCAAGGCCAUUCAUUUGGAGCUGGUUUCCGACCUGUCGUCCGCAGCGUUCGUAGCUGCUCUCCACCGUUUUGUUAGCCGUAGAGGCUUAGUUGAAGAAAUACAUUCCGAUCACGGCACAAAUUUUGCAGGUGCAAAAUCGGAUCUCCAUGAACUAUUCUUGAUGUUCAGAGACGAUCAAUCCAAGGGAAGGAUUGAUGAGUUCUGUUCUGCCCGUGAAAUUGUCUGGAAAUUCAUCCCGCCUCGCUCGCCAAAUUUUGGAGGGUUGUGGGAGGCCGGGGUGAAGAGUACAAAAACCCAUUUACGAAAGGUCUUAUCUAACGCCUGUCUCACCUUCGAAGAAUUCUGUACUGUACUGACGCAGAUUGAAGCAGUACUUAAUUCGCGUCCACUCUUUACCAACUCGUUGGAUACCCAUGAACCGUCUGCUUUAACCCCUGGCCAUUUUCUAAUUGGUCGAGCAUUGGUCGCCAUUCCUGAGCCGACGCUUGAAGAUGUACCUGUCAACCGCUUGACCCGUUGGAAAUACUUGCAGUCUCUUCGACAACACUUUUGGAAACGCUGGUCGAAUGAGUAUCUCAACACGCUCCAAGCUCGCUCUAAGUGGCAUAACGGUACUCCAAACGUUACUCCUGGGCUCAUUGUGAUUAUUAAAGAAGACAACCUUCCACCACAGUCAUGGAAAUUGGGCAGAAUUGUGAAGGUUUACCCUGGCAAAGAUUUAGUAGUAAGGGUAGUUGACGUUGAAACAUCUACUGGGGUAUACCGUCGUUCAGUAUCCAGACUCGCACCACUUCCAAUCGAAGACAACGAUCAAGCUCUCGCAUCUACAGAUCCACAGUGA